GUAGAACAUUGAGUAACCGAUAACUUUAUUGGUAUAAAAGUUUCAAAUUGCUGUACAAACAUCAUUCGAACAGUUCCUUGGAUCUGCCAACAUGUCCUGCAAAGCCGUCCUCGUUGUCUGCGCGCUGGCGCUCGUCCAGUCUAUAAGCGCUCAGUUCGUCGGAGCUUGCGGUGGCUAUGGUAUCGGUGCGCCCUACGGUGCCUACGGUAUCGGUCCCUGCGCUGAAGCCGCUUUCGUUGCUCCCUGCGGUGCUGGUUUCGGUCCGGGAGCCCUCGCUGCUUCCAAUGGUGGUGGUCUCGCCGUCACUAGCGCUUCCCCCAUCGCCCCCACUGGCGUUUCCAUGGUGUCUGAGAACGCUUACGAAGGCGCUCUGGCUGUUGCUGGUGCUAUUCCGUUCUUAGGAGCUGUGGCUUUAGAAGGCGCUCUGCCAACUGCUGGUGCUGGUGCUGUUACUUAUGGCUGCGGAAAUGGUGAAGUUGCUAUUGUAACUGAGGACUUCACUCCUGGAGUCAACGCUUUCGGAGCUCCCUUUGGCUUUGACGGAAUAGCCGGACCAGGGUUCGCCUACGAUGGAUUCUAUGGUCCCAGAUUAGGCUGUGAUGGUUUUGCUGGACCCUACGGUUACAACGGUUUCGCUGGAUCCUACGGCUACGACGGUCUCAUUGGACCCUACGGUUACAACGGUUUCGCUGGACCCUGCGGCUACGAUGGUCUCGUAGGUCCCUAUGGUUAUGGCGGUAUUGUUGGUCCCUAUUAUUAAUAUAUUAAGUAUUAAAUAAUAAAAAAAAAAAAUGUUCAAUUU